AUGUCCUCCUCUACGUUGAAUGUGUUGAGAUAUUCGGCAUUAGGUGCCGGUUUGUUUUAUGGUGCAUACCAUAGAUACUCUUUAGAGACUGCUAAUACGAAACAACAAGCUGCAAAAGAAUGGAAGCGGGAAGAGAAGUUGAUUGCUGAAGCUAAAGCUGUGUAUCAGAAGAUAAACACGCCUCCAAAGGAAAAGAGUAAUGUGUCAAGUGGAUCAAUUAAUUGGGAAGAUCCAAAUUUGGAUAUAGGAGCUGCUUUGGAGUCAUUGCUUGCUAAGUUGGACUAA